ACCACAACAAGAUCAAUCAAUUAAAAGGCAUUAAUAAUAGCAAUGGCAAGGUCUUCUACUUCGUUGCUAUGUUUCACCCUCUUCUCCCUUCUUCUCUCCCACGCUUGCUUUGCUCAAAUAGAGCAAAUGCCGCAACGAAGCCAGCGAGGGGGGCAGCAGAGGCAGCAGCACAGGUGGCAAUCUCAGUGCCAAUUCCAACGCCUCAACGCCCGCCAACCCAACCGAAGAGUGGAAUGCGAGGCCGGUGUGAGUGAGUAUUGGGACAUCCAAAACACAGAGGACGAUGAGCUUCACUGCGCUGGUGUUGAGACUGCUCGCCACACCAUUCAGCGCAGAGGCCUUUUGUUGCCUUCUUUCUUAAACGCACCCAUGAUGUUCUACGUCAUUCAAGGUAGAGGUAUCCAUGGAGCUGUGAUCCCAGGUUGUCCAGAGACAUUCGAGAGAGGAACUUCAUCACCAUCAUCCAGAGGAUACAGAUCCGAGGGAGCAUCAUCAGACGAACAACACCAGAAAGUUCGUGAAAUCAAAGAAGGUGACAUGGUUGCAAUGCCUGCCGGAGUGGCUGAUUGGGUUUACAACAACGGAGACUCUCCUCUUGUUUUGAUUGCCUUCGUUGAUGUUGGUAACCAAGCCAACCAACUCGACCAAUUCUCAAGAAGAUUCCACCUGGCUGGAAACCCACACCGAGAACAGAAAACACAGCAACAGGUUCGUGCCCGAAGCCAAAGCCGAAGCCAACUAAGAAGAGAAUCAGGCGAACAAACUCCCAACGGAAACAUCUUCAGCGGAUUCGACACAAGAAUCUUAGCCGAGUCAUUCAACGUGGACACCGAGUUGGCUCACAAACUCCAAAACAGAGACGACAUGAGAGAGAGAAUCGUCCGAGUCAGAGGAGAAGACCUUCAGAUCAUAGCACCUUCUAGAAUCCAAGAAGAGGAGAGACGCCAUUACAGCCGCGACAACGGAUUAGAAGAGACCUUCUGCACACUCAGGCUGAGACAGAACAUCGACCGUCCAUCACAGGCCGACAUCUUCAACCCACGUGGCGGCAGAUUAAACACUCUCAACAACUACAACCUCCCAAUCCUACGGUUCCUCCAACUCACAGCCGAGAGAGGAGUCCUCUACAAGAACGGCAUGAUGGCCCCACACUUCAACCUCGACAGCCACAGCGUCAUCUACGUCACACGUGGCAGCGCCAGACUCCAAGUUGUCGACGAUAACGGCCGUAACGUCUUUGACGGCGAGCUUAGGGAGGGACAGAUCUUCGUGGUGCCACAAAACUUCGCCGUGGUUAAGAAAGCCAGCGCCCAAGGGUUCGAGUGGAUCGCCGUUAAGACUAACGACAACGCCAUGAGAAACCCUCUUGCUGGUAAGGUGUCGGCCAUGAGGGCUAUGCCUGACGAUGUUUUGGCCAAUGCUUUCCAAAUUUCGAGGGAGCAAGCAAGGAGGUUGAAGUAUGGUAGGGAUGAGAUCUCUGUCUUUAGCCCUUCUUCCCAACAGACCAGAUACGAGUAAACUAAUUAAUUAAGGUUUAAUGAAGUAAUGUAUCCUUAAUUAAGUAUGUAAUGUAAACUUUUUAGUGUUUUCUUUUAAUUUUUAGUUUUUUUUUUUUUUGGUAAGGAAGAAUAAAGUGGUGGUUUGUAACUACUAUAGUAGUGGUACGUAUACCCUGGUUUGGGUUUGUAGGUAUGCGAGAGAGAAAUGUAGAAGUUGUAUUUGUACAAUUUAGAAGAGCAUUUCUUGCUAAUAUCAUAUGAGAGGUAUAAUUAAAAAUUGCA